AUGGAAAAGCGCUUCCACAUCACCCUGUCGCCUUUCGUCGGCCCCUAUCUGAAUCCUUUGGCAACACUAUGGUGUGAUAAAUACGGCCACUUCAUGCAGCAUGUCAUCGUCGAGCUCGACUUGACGCGAUUGGGUUUCGGGCCAGGAAAGGAAGCCUGCAAGCUGCGGGCAGGAACCGUCAACAUGGACGAUCUCAUCGGAGCUUUCGUAAGAGGCCAGUUGAGGCGGAAAAACCACUCGACGCUCAAGAGUCUUGUACUACUCUGCCGAAGAUUCUGGGGUGAGCGCCCUUCCGACCAUCUGCCCUCGGCUGACUUUUCAUACUGCCCGGAUGAGUUCCUGAGAAUCUGCGAACCAUUCGUACGCCUAGCUGGCUUCAUCGACUCGAUGCGCCUCUGCGGGUUCAGCAACGGCUACACACAUUCUCUGCUGCGUCGCAUCUUUCCAGUCCCUGUGAGUAGCGACGAGUUCAAGCACCACACGUAUCGAGUGGCGCCAUCUUCAGUAUGGCCGCGCAUUCCCGGCCAAAAAUCAUGGGUCGACAAAGGACAUGGUAAAUUGCAGCUGGAUGACCAUUCUCGACAGUACCUGCGCGGCCUCUGUCUUCCAGAGGGAGCAAUAAUACUUACACGACCAUACGAGAACCUAUCGACUGGACGUAUGUCGGUUGGAUAUGCGUCUAGAAGCAUCGAAGAAACCUCAGAGAACGGCGACGCACGUGAACUUUCGGAUAGUAGAACGCAACUGAUCGGGAGGGCGUCUCAAGAAUCGGUAGCAAUAGAUGAGGCGAGUCUUGAACACAGAAUGCAAGUCCUAGUUCACAGAAUGCGACGGAGCUUGUCAAAG